AUGAAGCUCGUUCCCACCAAGCCGUCGCAAAAUAUUGCAGAGGAUGCAGUUACUCUCAUGCCCGAAGAUUCUGAGGAUAUGUGGCAUGCCUACAAUCUCAUCACACCCGGCGACCUCGUCAUGGCGCAUGCCGUGAGGAAAGUCGUCGCCGAAACGAAAACCGGUAGCACGAUUUCCGAACGAGUCCACACCGUCCUUGCGAUCCAAGUCAAGAGCACAUUCUUCGACCCCAUUGUCGGCCAGCUCCAGGUCAGCGGCGUGGUCAAGUCGGAAAAUGCCUACGUCAGUCUAGGCCAAUACCACACGCUUGACCUCGAGGUCUCUCGCCCCUUCACGUUAAGCAAGCCGCAGGGCUGGGAUUCGGUCGCCAAAGACACGUUAUCAGAAAGUCUGUCGGACGACAAAGAUGGCGCCAUGGCUGCCGUCGUCAUGCAGGAGGGCAUCGCCAACAUCUGCCUCAUCAGCCAGUUCCGCACCGUCGUCAAGCAGCGAAUCGAAAGUGUCAUCCCCAAAAAGCGAAGCGCCGCAACCGAAACCUCACAGGGCAUGACCCGCUUCUUCGAAAAGACGCUGACCGCCCUUCUCCGAACCGUCAACUUUGACACGCCGAGACCCUUGCUCCUCGCCAGUCCUGGGUUCACCGCGACCGAUUUCAAAAAGUACAUUGCGGACGAGGGGAGGGACAAAUCAGACAAGAAACUGUCGGGAAUCGCUAGGGAGGCGGUCGUUAUUCACACGAAUUCGGGCCACGUCCACAGCCUCAACGAGGUUCUCAAGAGCCCUGAGAUGGGCAACAAGCUCAAGGACUUCAAAUUCACCAAGGAGACAAAACUGAUGGAUCAGUUUUUCGAACGACUCCGCCUAGAGGACGGAAGGGCGUGGUACGGAACAACAUCAGUGGCAAAAGCGGUCGCCGAAGGUGCCAUCGGCCCUGGUGGCGGCGUCCUCAUCAUGAACAACUCGCUAUUCCGCAGUUCGGACAUUCCAACGAGGAAAAAGUACGUGGCCAUGGUGGACAAGGUCAAAGCGGACGGUGGCGAUGUCAGGAUCCUCAGCAGUGACCACGAAAGCGGUAAGCGGCUGGACAUGCUGGGCAGUGUUGCUGCCAUUUUGUCCUAUCCUAUUCACGAUUUGGACGACGAUGAGGAUGAGGAUAGUGCUGUUACUAGCGGUGAAGCUGGUGGCGAGUCAAUCAUCUGA